GGUGAUCCUACGACUUACGAACCAGGUGCAGAGCUGCUUUCCAAAAACCACACACAAAUCAUUAUCGAUUCUUCAUGGCUUCUGCCUCGGCUUCUCGUAGCGAUGGCGGUGUUGGGAAGAUGAGAAAUGCAGCGGUAUUGAUGGUCGGAGACAAUCAGUCUCUCAUAGUGGACAUUCGAAAAGCUUUGGCCGUCAUUAAGGGAAUCGCAGUCGACUUGGAGAAGGAUAACCAGUCUGAAAGGGUGAGAGAGCUUGAAAAAGUUGUCCUGGAGCUGUUGGUAAAGUCGGAAGAAUGCGCACAUUUGUCGUCGGCAAUUCAAUCUGUUGCAGACAACUAUAAAGGAUGUCCGCCUGGGGAAGAGUUAACAGAUUUUAAGAAGUUGCUUGAUGAUGAAGUCAAGAAGAUCAAGGCUACUUCAUCUUCGCUCCCACAGAACCAUACUUUGUAUCGGCAGUUCAAGGAAGCCGUCUGGAAUGUCCAUCAUGCUGGGCAAUCAAUGCCAGGUGAAGAAGAGGAGGACAUUGUGAUGACCAGUACUCAGAGCAACAUUUUGAAUGUCACAUGCCCAUUGAGUGGAAAGCCUGUUACAGAACUGGCGGAACCUGUACGCAGUAUGGACUGUAAACAUAUUUAUGAAAAGAAGGCAGUGCAGCACUACAUGAAAUCCAAGGGUGCACAUCCUCAAUGCCCUGUAGCAGGUUGCCCCAAGAUACUACAGGCAGGGAGAGUAUUAUGUGACCCCUUAUUGCCUGUUGAAAUUGAUGAACUGCAUUUAAUAAGCAAGCAAAAUGCACAACCGGCCAUGGUAGAAGAUUUCACUGAGUUGUAAUGCUGCAGCAAUACUAAUCUAAGAUGACAAUGAAUUUCUAUUGGCAUAAUUGUCAUCUUUGAAUUGGGGAAUACACAGUUUUUGUAAAUACUCCUGUUCAUUCCAUCUCUUUACCCCUUCCCUUACUCGAUGUUGAGGAUACCAUAAUGUAUUUGCAAUUAUCUGUCUUAUAAUUUACACUCUGCAUGUUUUAGAAUAGUGUAACAGAGCAAUGCUUCAUUACUUUCUAAAGAAUUGCUGUCCAUGCAAGAGGAAAUUGAAUUACCCAGUCUGUUUUUUAUUUGGUGAGAAUUGAUGAUAGUGGUGAUUCUCGAGCACAGUUCUGUAAAUCAAGGAACCAUUACUGUAAUAUACCUAAGUUGACCUUGUA